CCAUCCGAGCCGGUCACACAAAGACCACCUAAUUUUUAUCCGAAACCAGCGCGAGCAGCAGCGGCAGCGCGCGGCGGCGGCAAACACUACAGCAAGGAGGAGGAGAAGAAGGACCCGUGCGUGCUCGCACGUAUAGAUGGGCAACUGCGCCGUGACGCAGCACGCCGUGACGUCGUGGGCGGACGACGGCGAGUGGGAUGUGCCGUCGACGGAGGAGGGCGUGGCUGGAAGCGGCGGGAAGAGGGAGGACACAGCGGAGGUGACGAUCAGGAUCACUCGGAGGCAGCUGCAGGAGCUGGUGGAGAAGAGGGCUGGCGGCUCUUACGGCCUCAAGAGCCGGCGGUCCGCGGCCCAACUACUGGCGGACAUCAUGAACGCAGGCAAGGUGUACCACCACCUCCAGCACUGCAGGGCGGCGCACUGGAAGCCCGCUCUGCAGAGCAUCCCGGAGGCCGUGGAGUCAUGACGCGCGCGCUACCGUGGCGUUGCAUCGUUUUCGGUUGUUUCUCUGCGCAGUUUCUGUUGAUAGAUCUCAGUUUUUUUGUGGGGCCUGUUGUGCUAUUCUUUAGAUCGGAUUCAGUGCAGGUAUGCAAGAACGAUGUAAAUAGUAGGAGUAGCGGUGAUAGACACAAUGAUGUAAAUCAGGCGUACGUUGUGUCCAUAGCAAAGCUGAGAGUGGGAAUUUCAUGAGCAAUUACCCUUGUCCUUGUGCCUUGCGAAGCAGAAUAUUGUUUAGUGAAUUCUGAUGGUCGA